UCUUCACUGACCUUCCACGCUAAGCCCAGCAAGACGGUUCAGCACGGGCGCUCUUGAUCCGCCGCUUUCUUUGUCGUUCCCGACGAAAUGCAGAAGCGAGCCUUUGUAGAUGGAUAGGAAGGAUAAUCUUCCGCAGCGGGUGCCGUCGAGCAGCCUUUCUCGUCAGAACGCCGGAGGAACGAAUCUCACAUCCUCUUCUUCUUCCUCCAACUCCUCAGCUAGCCCGCCUGAUUUCCUCCGCCAGGUUCAUGCUGUAUUGAAGCAUCGAAAACCCCUAGGUGCGCGAGCGGUUCGCAUGAUAGAUCCUCUGCGGAAGCAAACAAUGAGUAGUGGUGUUUUAUCUCUGCCAUUGAGCGAAAGUAAUGCUGGCAAGGACGUGCGCCAAAGCCUAGUGCCUGAAGGAGCAACAAAGCUGACGAACGAAGGGUCUGUAGAAAUCGGGCCGACUCCAAAUGAUUCGUCUCUAACUCCUCCCUCGGACGGUUGUACCUUGACUGGUGUUCAUGAAGCGAAGACAAAAUUGAACACCUUUGAUCUGGAUUCUGAGAUGGUCAGAGUUCGGGUGGAGGCAAGUUUGGCGGCCUUUUCACCUUCCUUAGAGUUAGACUCUCAAGUUGUUCUGGCCAGUGACGGAGUGAAGCAGGUUCGACCUUCUUCUGCUUUCAACGAGCAACAAAAAUUUCAGUUGGACGAAGGUGUUUCAGGGCAUAAGGUAAAUGAUGUGGAUAAGCAGGAUCUUUAUCAGCAAGGUGCGCAGAACAUGGAAAUGUCCAGCUCUGGGAUACCCUUAGGGGGUACAAUAGCAGGCUCUUCCUGUAUGACGGCAUUCUCUGUCCAUUCAGGCCCAACAUUUCAGUGCACAGGUGCUCCUUUGCCAGCGCAGAGUGCAUUUCCCACACAAAUGGUAGCGUCCGCAUCUCAGAACUUAGUAGGCAUAUUGGAUCCUCCUCGUCUGGAUGGUAAAAGAGUCGUGAUUUCUGAAAGAUCGUCAAUGCAGGAUAUGCAAGGUCUUCAGAACAGCGAAGACAUAGUGAAGAGAGAAGUAGCAGAUAAUGCUGAUUGCUUGCAGUCUCAAGCUGCUUCAACAAUUGAUUCAACUUCAAAACUAGAUAUCAAACCUCCUCAGCCAGGCAAAGCUGAAAAAUCUUCUCGGAGAAAGAAGUAUGAUUCCAAUGUAUUCUUUAAUGUCAAUGGAAAAUUAUAUCAAAAACUUGGAAAAAUAGGAAGCGGUGGCAGUAGCGAAGUACAUAAAGUUAUAUCAGCUGAUUGUAUCAUAUACGCCCUUAAAAAGAUCAAGUUGAAAGGUCGUGAUUAUGCCACAGCUUAUGGAUUUUGUCAAGAGAUUGGAUAUUUGCACAAACUGAAGGGGAAGAACAAUAUCAUUCAGCUCAUUGAUUAUGAGGUAACAGAUAAAACUUUGCUACAACAAGCUAUGGAGGGAACCAUGACUUCAAAGGAUGGAAGGAUUAAAGAUGAUGAAUACAUCUACAUGCUGCUUGAGUAUGGAGAAAUUGAUUUGGCUCACAUGCUUAUGCAAAAGUGUAAAGAUAUGGAUAGCUUUAGCUGGAAUAUAGAUGAGAAUUGGCUGAGAUUUUAUUGGCAGCAAAUGCUGGAAGCCGUGAACACCAUACAUGAGGAGCGAAUUGUCCACUCAGAUUUGAAGCCUGCAAACUUUCUACUUGUCAGAGGUUCACUUAAGCUUAUUGAUUUUGGCAUUGCCAAGGCUAUACUGAGUGAUACUACCAACAUCCAGCGAGAUGCACAGGUGGGAACUCUAAACUACAUGUCUCCAGAAGCAUUCAUGUGGAAUGAACAAGAUCAGACUGGUGGCACCAUCAAAUGUGGCCGCCCAUCUGAUAUCUGGUCUCUUGGUUGCAUUCUUUACCAGAUGGUUUAUGGGAAAACACCAUUUUCUGAUUACAAGACCUUCUGGUCCAAAUUCAAAGUCAUAACAGACAUGAACCAUGAAAUCUCUUAUGAACCUGUUCCAAACCCAUGGCUUGUUGAUCUCAUGAAGAAAUGCCUCUCAUGGGAUCGAAACAAACGGUGGCGAAUACCUCAACUCCUUCAACACCCUUUCCUCGUCCCGCCCGUGCCGUGCACCGUACCAUUGAAGGAAGAGUAUCCCUACAAACAAUUGUCUGAUAGGGUAGAAUUGUAUUGGAAGGAACCUGAGGUUAGAAGUAAAUGUGCUGAGCUACUCAGUGUAGUUUCCAGACUUGAGAAAAUUCACGGCUCCAACAACAUCAAUCAACAACAUAAACCUGCUUCUUAAGUUGCACAUUGCUAUAUUUGCAGGAGAAAUUAUUCUGUGCGGACGCCAAACGGCGUUAGAGCUGAUUGGUCUCCGGAUAUAGAGCUGCGUUCGGUGGCCGCAUCGAAUAAUUUUUCCAUUUGCAGGGUUUAGUGUGAUCCAAAUUCUGUUAGUUGGUAUAAUAUGGCUAUUUUUCCUCAUGUGAAUCAUGGUCUUCCCUCAAUAGGCUUUUGGGUGAGGCUCAGUGAUGGUUUAGCAAUGGCUUUAUAGCUGAAAUUGGCUGCUUGAGAUGUACAUUGUAAUGUUUUGGUUGUCUGAGUUUGAAA